AUGGAGAAGUUGGGCAUCAAGGAGAAGCAGCUCCUGCCCAGUCGGACUGUCUUCCACGGCACCGGACUUUCCUGCUCCCUAAUCGGCAAGAUCAAGAUCGACGUCCUGUUCGGUGAUAAAGACCACUUCUGCCGCGAGCCAAUCUGGUUCGAGGUGGUUAACCUGGACAGCCCCUACCACGCGCUCUUGGGCCGGCCUGCGCUGGCCAAGUUCAUGGCAGGCAUCAUCACCAUAGCCGGCGACUACCAGAAGUCGGCCGCAUGUGCUGCUGCCAGCAGUCGGCUGGCCGAGUCCCUCGUCAUCACCGAAGAGAAGCGUCUCCUUGACCGGGUGGUGGCCAUGGCCAGCAAGCAGCCGGGCAUGCCAUCCGACCCCAAGGAGACAGAGGCUCAGGGCUCCUUCCAGCCGGCCAAAGAGACCAAGAAGAUUGCCUUGGACCCAGAGCACCCGGAGAGAUUUGCUGUCGUAGGCUCCAAUCUCGACAUCAAAUAG